UGUAGAUAAUAAUGCUUUACGAUAAGGUUACAGUUUUUUUAUUUAAUUGUUUCGUAAUAUUUCUUCUCUCGAUAUUAUUAACCACAGGCAACGAGGUAUAUAAUACCGAAGAUGUAGAUUUAUCCAAAUGUAAACUUACACAGCUUGGAACGGAAUAUCGAGGUUCGAAAAUGGUAACCAGCAGUAAUGUUCGUUGUCAAUAUUGGCAAACAGAUCAGCCACUUCAUAAGGUUGAUCCUAAUAUAACGGAUGCAGAUUUCCCUGAGAAAUCUAUGAAAGCUGCGAAAAAUUAUUGUCGUAAUCCUACUAAUGAUCCACGGGGUCCUUGGUGUUAUACAUUAGAUCCUAGUCUUAUAGACGAUGAAUGCGAAAUACCUCUUUGCAAUUUUGGCGAUUGCAGAAUUUCUGGUAUAGGAGCUGAGUAUGCUGGAGAUCGUAAAGUUAGUUCUUCAGGUAAAAAAUGUAAAUCAUGGACAGAACGAUACAAAGUUUCUAAUGAAAAGAGUCCAGUAUUUGCCAAUAAAAAUUUUCCAGAUGAAUCAGUGAAAAAGGCUAAUCGUUUUUGUAGAAAUCCUGAUGAUAAUAUUGGUGGUCCAUGGUGUUAUGUACGUGAUGAAACUUACGAAACAAUUGAAAAAGAAUAUUGUGAUAUUCCAUUUUGCGAUGAUAAGGAUUGUUUAGUAUAUGUCAGAAAUACAUCAAGAUAUUCAAUUCUGACAAAUUUAAACUUUACUUUUACAACCAUAACAUUUUGGAUUAAAUUAUGGAAUCCAAAUGAUGAAUAUAAUGGAGAAUUUAAAAUUCUAUUAAGUGUUCUUCCAAUUCCUACAUUCGCAAGUAAAAUUGCUGAAGAUUGGCACGCAGGUGUUGAGUUAAUGUUCUCAAAUUUUGGUUCUGGUCAAACAUAUCCUGAUGCUAAUAUAGAUGAUUUUGAAGAUACACCAAGUAUAUUACUCGGUACAAAAUGGACUGGUAUAUGGAUUACAUGGGCAGGAGGUUUCAUAUCUAUAGGAAUAGAUGGAUCAUCUAAGCCCCUUUUUAUUGGGGAAUAUAAAAAAAAAAAUACUAUCUCAGACCUCUUUUCCAAUUACUUGUUAUUUUAUGGAAUCGUAGGCACAAAUGUACUAUGGAGUUCAGAAUUUUGUCAAAUUGAUUGUGAAGUUCAUGUAACCAUUGGAAUGGAAUUUGCAAAAGUUUGGCCAAUGCAAAAAACCAAUAAUACUUAUGAUAUUCAUUUUAAUGUGCGAGCGAAUCGUAAUAUUGCUAUACAAAUCUAUCAAAAUCCUGUUAAUAUUUACCCAUGUUUUACUAUAAUCAUAGAUAAUGUUACAUCAUUAAUAUAUCAGAAAAGUAAAUUGUCAAUGAAACAAUAUUUGAAACAAGUUUCAAGUAAAGGAUUAUUAAAUAUUUGGAAAUGGAAACAAUUUUCUAUUAGGUUCACAUUUACGAUUAUUUUAUCAACAAACAUAUGGCGAUGAAGAAUUAUUAUACGUGAAUCAUGAUCUGUUUAAUACAUUAAGA